CGUGGCCCCUCCCCUAAUGCUUUGUCCCGCCCAGAGUGAGUCAGGCUAGGGAUGUGCUUCCUGUCCGCUCUAUACCUGCCGCAGUGACUAGGCGAGAAGCCGCACGGACCGACGUAUUACACGAAGCUUCGGCUCCUGCCCUUUACCCUCUCCUCGUCCCCGAGCCUCGGAGCUUGCCCACCCCAUGGCGCUGAAGAGAAUACAGAAGGAACUGAAUGACUUGCAACGGGACCCUCCGGCUCAGUGCUCUGCCGGCCCAGUAGGAGAUGACUUAUUCCACUGGCAAGCAACCAUUAUGGGACCAACUGACAGCCCAUAUCAAGGGGGUGUCUUUUUCCUCACAAUUCACUUUCCAACAGACUAUCCUUUCAAACCACCAAAGGUUGCAUUCACAACAAAAAUCUAUCACCCAAACAUAAACAGCAAUGGAAGUAUUUGUCUCGACAUACUAAGGUCACAGUGGUCCCCAGCGCUGACUGUGUCAAAAGUUUUGUUGUCAAUAUGCUCCUUACUUUGUGAUCCAAAUCCAGACGAUCCUUUAGUACCAGAUAUUGCACAAAUCUACAAGUCAGACAAGGAAAAAUACAACAGACUAGCAAGAGAAUGGACUCAGAAAUAUGCAAUGUAAAUUUGUGGGGGGGGGGGAAUUUAAUUUCGUAUAAUCUGUUGUACUGUAAAUUCUAGGUUUUUGGAAAUUAGAAGAGACCGAGCACAGUUUGAGUCCUUCAGAGCUCCCCCCCCCGUUUUAUUUUUAGACACUUAAAAUUGCCACUCGGAAGCAAAAAGCAAGCCCCAAAUCCGAGAAGAGUAUUUUGUGUUCACUUCCUAUACACUUCAUUGCGGUUUUUAAGGUACCUGAAUUUUUGCACCUCUGCUGAUCGAAUCCAAAAUGGAGAUUUAACCCUGACAGCACCAAUGAUGACUGUCCAAGCAGGGAUUAAAGCAUCCAACACUCAUUAAAGACUAGAUUUUUUUUUUUUUACUUGAGUAAUACUGCGUUUUGUUUUGUUUUUUUCUUUUGUAAAUCUGUGUUCAGAUUCCAUUCUGUUAACUCACUAUUUAAUUUGUAUUUUUUUACUGUAUAGACUAAAUAUAUUUUAUUUACCUUUGUAAGGAAACUCAUUUUAGAUCCCCCCUCCUCUUAAAGGCACAGUAUUCUCAAGACACAACUGCUAGUCUUCAAACUUUUUUUUUUUUUUUUUUAGUAGAUUAAUCUUCAAUUGACAGAUUUCUUAAAAAAAAAAAAAAACGUAAAUGACGUUUGCACUGUAAUUCCGAAUAUGAUCACUAGAGGGAAACGGUUGUUUUUCUUUUUGUGUUGAUUCUGGUGUAUACUUGACACCAGUUGAUUGCAAUGUGAACGAAUUACACUGCUAUGUAGAGGGGGAAAAAAAACAUGUAUGUUUGUCGCUCAUCACACUUUGAAUUUUUUUUUUUUUUUGUACGGGCAAUAUAAAGAAAACUCACAAAUCUUUUACAACUCUUACUGUAGCUUUUUUUUGUUUUCCAUACAAAUAAAAUGCAUUUUCUACUA